AUGCCGAAAGUCGUUUCUCGCAGUAUAGUGUGUUCAGACACCAAAGACCAAGAAGAAUACAAUGAGGAGAAGCCGCUGCACUCUUAUUACUGUUUGUGCGGUCAGAUGACGUUAAUUUUGGAUUGUGCUUUGGAGAAACUACCUCUACGCAAACGAGAUGGAGCCCGAGUAGUUGAUGGUUCCAAGCAUGCCAAUAAAAUGACCUAUGAUCAAGACGAAACUGUGUACUUAAAACGACAAGAAGGCGUUGAAAAACAACAUAGAUUAAAGUGCAAAAAAUGCGGUUUAUUUCUGUACUAUAAACACCAGACAAAUAAUAAUGUUUAUUUUAUUGUACGUGGUGCUUUGGUCAAAUGUACUGGCGAGGGUCCUAAAAUGGAUAUAUAUAAUCAAGUGGCAGUUGAAAAACCAAAGAAAAUUAUGGUCACCAAACACACUAAGAACAUGGGCAAGUUCAGUUCGGUGACAGUAUCUACUAUUGACGAAGAAGAAGAUGAAAUUGAAGCGAGGGAAGUAGCAGAUUCAUAUGCAAACAAUGCACGUAUAAUUGAAAAGCAGCUAGAGAGGAAAGGUAUGAACAAACGUAAAACAGCAGAUUUUGUAGAACCAGAAAUUGCAUUAGACAUAAAAAGACAUGUUCGUGGUACAUUGCUGGAGAAAUAAUAUUGUAUUUUUUAUUUUUUAUAAGUUUAUUUUAAUAUUGUAAUAUUAAUUUGUACAUAAAUAAUGAUUGACUUGUGA